AUGCCAACGUUUGCCACAUUAUUGGAUAUAGAUGUGCUCAACCACGUGAUGCCUUACCAUGCAUUGCAUGGACUGAAAAUAUUAUUUACGGAAACUAAACACGACUCUAUCGUGAUUUUAAUCUAUCUUGUUUCGAGCUAUCGUACUUAG